CAGUUCUGGCUCCAAUUUGCCUCUACACUGCCUCUGCAAGCGCAGGCAAGAUGGCAGCUUCCAUUUCGGCCAUAUUUUGGCUUUAAAACGCCUUAAUGAGAGUAAAUGGGGACCGUCCAGUCCAUACUUUUAUACAGUCUAUAAUCACAACCCAAACUCCACAACGCGCCAAGCAGCACAUUUUUAGUUGCUGCGGAAGCACAGCUCAUUUAGGCUCAGCUCAGCUCACCUCAGGACUUGUUGUGCUACUAAGAUAUAAGGCAGUGUGAGGUUGGUGGAUGGUGGCAGUCGCUGUGCUGGGAGAGUGGAGGUUCUUCAUAGAGGGCAGUGGGGAACAGUGUGUGGUGAUGACUGGGAUAUGAGUGAUGCUGCAGUGGUGUGUAGAGAGCUGGGCUGUGGAGAAGCUGUAGAUGCACUGGGCAAAUCUCAUUUUGGAUCAGGAUCAGGACCAAUCUGGAUGGAUGAUGUGGACUGUAGUGGAUCAGAGUCUAGACUGAAGAACUGUAGAUCACCAGUAUGGGGUAAACAUGACUGCAAUGAAACCCACAAUUCUGGAGUCAUCUGUUCAGGAGCCAGGCUGGUUUUAGGUUCUCGCUGCUCUGAGAGAGUGGAGGUUCUUCAUGGAGAGAGCUGGGUCACAGUGUGUGAUGCUGACUUUGACCAGCAGGGUGCAGAGGUUGUGUGUCGAGAGCUCGGCUGUGGUUCUCCUGUGAAGGUUCUGGGAGCAGCUGCGUUUGGUAGAGGGGAGGGUCAGGUGUGGUCAGAGGUGCUUCAGUGUAGAGGAAACAAAUCUCAGACUCACUUCUGUCCAAAAUCAUCUUCACUCAAACACAACUGCUCCCAUGAUAAUGAUGUGGGACUGGUGUGUGCAGACAGUGUGAGGUUGGCGGAUGGUGGCAGUCGCUGUGCUGGAAGAGCAGAGGUUUUUCACAGAGGACAGUGGGGAACAAUUUGUGGUGCUGGUGCAAAUUUCAUAGCUGGUUUUGUCAUGUGUAAAGAGUUGGGCUGUGGAGAGCCGUUUAGGACUGAUGCAGCUGUUCCAGGAUCUGCACCGAUCUGGAUGAGUCAUGUGAAGUGUACUGGAUCAGAGUCUACACUGAAACACUGUGGAUCAUUAGGGUGGGGUGAACACAGCUGUAAUCAUAAUAUGGAUAUUGAGCUUACCUGUUCAGAUCACAGGACAUCCAGACUUGCUGAUGGUCCUCAUGUUUGCUCUGGGAGAGUGGAGGUUUUUCAUGGAGCGUCUUGGUUCACAGUGUGUGAUGCUGACUUUGACCAGCAGGAUGCAGAGGUUGUGUGUCGAGAGCUGGGCUGUGGUUCUCCUGUGGAGGUUCUGGGAGCAGCUGCUUUUGGUAAAGGGAAGGGUCAGGUGUGGUCAGAGGAGCUUCAGUGUAGAGGAGAUGAAUCUGAGAUUACUCUCUGUCCAAUAACCUCUUCACACAAAUACAACUGCUCUCAUGGUAAUGAUGUGGGACUUGUAUGUUCAGGUCAUACUCAGGCUCGGCUGAUGAACGGCUCAGACUCCUGUUCUGGUCGAGUGGAGCUCCAGUACCUCAGUGAGUGGGGUACAGUGUGUGAUGUAAGCUGGGAUAUGAGCGCUUCCAGUGUCCUCUGUGCUCAGCUGAAGUGUGGGAGUGCUGUGGCUGUGUUGUGGUCAGACUGGUUUGGGGAGGGGAGUGGCCGGAUCUGGGCGGAUGUGUUUGAUUUUCAGGGGAACGAAACACACCUGUUAAAGUGUCCCAUUUCAUCAUGGAGUCGAACUGCAUGCUCUCAUAAACAGGAUGUUGGACUCAUCUGCAGUGGUUCUUCUCUGGCGUCUCAUGAGGGAGGAGUGCGGUUGUCUGGAGGGAUGGAGUGUGAGGGGGAGGUAGAGGUUUUCUUCAGGCAGGACUGGAGGAGAGUUCUGCUGGACUCCUGGAGUGAGUCUGAGGCCUCUGUGGUCUGCAGACAGCUGGGCUGUGGUUCUGUACUCAACACCUCCAGCUCCUCUUCAUCCAGUCCUGAACACAGCUACAUGUGUGUGACGGGUUUCAACUGCUCUGGGAGUGAAGCUCAUCUGAGGAACUGCAGCAGCUCACAAGCAGUUAACUGCAGCUCCACGGAACAGCUCUACAUCACCUGCUCUGGCUACAGCUUCAUCAGGCUGGUUGGUUCUGGGGGAGACUGUGCUGGAAGGCUGGAGGUUUUCCACAGUGGAUCAUGGGGGACAGUGAGUGAUGAAUUGUGGGAUAUUGAGGAUGCGCAGGUGGUCUGCAGACAGCUGCAGUGUGGAGUCGCCCUCAGUGCUCCAGUACCAGUACCAGCCCGGUUUGGAUCUGGAACUGGACCCAUAUGGCUGAAUGAGGUGGAGUGUGAGGGGAACGAGGCGUCUCUGUGGAACUGCAGAUAUCAGCUGUGUGGAGAGGAUGAAUGUGGACACAAGGAUGAUGUAGGAGUCGUCUGCUCAGGAGAGAAGAAACAGCUUGCAUUUGAAAACCUUCAAAAAUUCUUCUUAUUUCCAAACCAGGGUCAGUGCUCAAAUUACAUGCCUAUUAGGUUGAGAGGAGGAGAGGAAAUCUGUUCUGGGAGGUUGGAGGUGUAUCAUAAUGCUGAGUGGGGGUCUAUAUGUGCUGAUCUGUGGGACAUCAGGGAUGCUCAGGUGGUCUGCAGGCAGCUGGGUUGUGGGCCGGCGCUGAGUGCUAAUAGAAGAGCUGUUGAUGGUUCUGGUGGAGGAACUAUCUGGAUGAACAGAGUGAAGUGUAGAGGGAAUGAGAUUCACCUGUGGGACUGUCCUCAUUCCCUGAAGAUCCACACUGGCUGCUCCCACAGUGCUGGAGUCACCUGUGCAGACAUAUUUGUCACAUUACCUUUUUCAUCUGAAACAACUACAACUUACACCACAGUACCAGCACAGCUAACAGAGAAAAAGACAGUCCCUCCUUCAAAAAAUCCAUCAUCUAAUUUUCCAUACAUCUAUCCAGUGUCUCUCCUGGUUCUGGGAUCUGUGCUCUUCCUGGCCUUAGUGCUUCUGGUUGUGCUGUUUUAUCAGAACAGAGUGCUCAGGAGAGUGAUUUCUAAGGCGAGGAGGAAGACUCUGCUUGAGGCAGUCUAUGAAGAGAUUAACCAUAAAUGUGUCACUAACAGAUAUACUAAAAGAGGAAGUUUUAUCUCUGAAGAUCAGCAUUCAGGAUAUGAGGACGUAGAUGAGGAGCUUCUCUCAGGUAAGUUGACAUAUACUGAAUGUGUGUUAGAAUUUUUAAUGCAGAAGAAAAAACAUAUAUAUAUUUUUUGUUUUAUAGAAAAAAGUUCCAUGCAAUAUGUGUAGGGUUCUGAAGUGUUUUAGCAGUUAGCAUCAGGCUUCAGGCCGAUAAGACUCACCCCUGAACGGGAAAAUAGUGAGCGUGGUUAGCGGGUAAUGCUAAUGCUAAAUUCAAUUUAUCUUUGACUACUCCAGUAUAUCCAUGUCUGGCACAAGUUAAAAACAAUGUCUUGCCUACUGUACAGUUUGUAAUAGUGAUUUUAGGAUUGGCCAGGGGUAACUAUAGGAUUGCAAA